AUGGCGACUGGAACGGGUUGGCAGCAACCGUACAAUAUCGCAUCUGGCAAUCCAUGUAUUAUUACUAGUACAGGGAAGUAUAAUUCAUCGAACAUGUUUUACGAAGCAGGUUUAACGAUGGAAUAUACUCAAGACCUGCAUCUGAAAAUGAGUAAGAAAAUAGCACAGCUGACAAAGGUUAUCUACGCCCUCAACACGAAGAACGACGAGCAUGAGGACGAGAUGGAGUCACUGCGGGAGGCCCACGAGGACGAAGUGCAGCACAUUGUGACAGAGACGCAUGACAAGAUCAUGCAGUAUAAGAGCAAGAUGGUCGACGAGGUGGACCUGAAGCGCCAUCUGCAAUCGUUGGAGGAGUCGGUGGAGCUACACGAGCACAUGAAGCGGCAGGCAUUGGCCGAGUUUGAGAUGUACCGCCAGCGCAUGGAGGACUCGCAGCUGUGUACCGAGGCGCAACACACGCAGCGCGUGGUCUCCAUGUCACGCGAGGUGGAGGAGAUGCGCCGCGACUUUGAGGAGAAGCUGCGCUCCUUUGGCCAGACGCAGGCCCAGUUCGAGCAGGACAAGCGGAGGGCAAUUGACGAACUACGCGCCACCCACCGGCAAGAGGUCCAGGAGCUGCUCCACAGCCAGCAGAACCAGAGCGCCAACUCCACCGUGGACCAGGAGAAGCUGGCGGAGCUGCACAGGGCUGAGGUGGAGGCCCUCAUGGAGCGAGUGGAGGAGCUGACCAAGGGCAAAGUACAUCUGGUGGAGGAAUACGAAGCCAAGCUCACCAUGGCUCAGGGCUACUACGAACGCGAACUGGAAGCCAUGAGGCGCACACAGCAGCUGACCGCCGAGAAACUGAUGGCCUGGAAGAGGACGGAGGUGGAGCUGAGGAAGGAGUUCCAGGUGCAGGAGGCAGUGCUGCAGAGGACACUGGGAAAGCUCCGGGCUGAGCUGCAGAGGGCACAGGAGGAGGCGAGAGAAAGCAGGGACAAGACCAACAGGCUGCAGGCGUCCCUCACCAAUGCUGAGGGCACCAUUAAGAACUUGCACAAGCAGCUGGAGGAAGCCAUCCAAGAUGGGGAGAUCUGGGUGAUGCAGUUGAAGGACACGGAGUAUGAGCUGGAGGGGAGCCGAGAUCGAGUGCAACAGCAGGCUACUGAGAUCCUCCACAAAGCCAGUCAGAUAGGCUCUCUACAGGCCACCCAUAUGAGCCACGAGGCCACUAUCAGGGACCUGGACUUGGAGCAGAGCCGCCUGAGGGAGAAGAUCCUCAGGCUGGAGGAGGAGAGGGAGAGGGUGCUCAACCAGAGCCAGGCCACCGACGAGCAGCACAAACAUCAGGUCCUCUCCCUGGAGCAGUCCCUUCGUGAGGAGAGGCAGGGCUAUGAGAAGGAGCUAGCGAGGCUGAGGGGCAAAUACGAAGAGGAGGGUGUGAGAUUCAAAGAGGCCCAGGCACAGGCACUGGAGGAGCUGUCGGAGAAACACAGGGCGACGGAGGAGAGCGCACAGGAAGCUGCAGAGAAGGAGAAUAAUCUAUUGAUGGCUGAAAUGGGGCAGGAGUUUGAGAUUCGGCGACUCUCAUUGGAGGAGCAGAAGAACUGUCUCCAUCAGCAACUGGACAACCUGAAGAAGGAGCUUUCUGCCAAGCUCAAUAUAGCCAAUCAAGAGGUGUCUCACCUUCAGGAGUUGGUGAAGGAAGGGGAGCAAAACCUUGGCUCUGCACACAGCCACAUCUCCAGUCUGAAGGACACCCAGGAGAAACUAUGCAUUGAGCUGGACACCACCAGAGCCAGAGUGAGAGAGACCAGCAACCUGCUCACUGACCUGCAGGAGGAGAUUGAGACCCAGAAACAGCAGCAUGAAGCCAGGGUAAUGUCAAUAAGGACAGAGGAGAAGCAGAAAAUUGACAAAAUGGCUGAAGACCUGGACCAAAAAUGGACUUAUGCUCUGAGGGAGGAGUUGAGGUUGCUGAAGGAGGAUUUGACGGAGGAAUAUGAGGCCGACAGACAAGCCUCCUUGUCCCAGCUGUCACAGCAGAAGGAGCUGGAGUUGAUGGCGGCCAGGGAGGGUUGGCAGAGGAAAGUGGAGGACCUGCUGGAACAGAUCUCGCUGCUGAAGCAGAGUCUGGAGCUGCAGCUCUCCCAGUCCCAGGGCGCGCUGCAGCAGCUGCAGGCCCAGUUCAGCCAGGAGAGAGAGCACCUGAGCCAUCAACUCCAGGAGCUGCAGCUGGAGCACCAGCGCAGGGAGCACCGGCUGCAGGAGGCUCAACGCUGCGCCCAUGGCACACUGGAAGACGCCCGCCAGCACCAGCUCAGGGCUUUGGAGGAGCGUUUGAAGCAGGAGCAGAGGGAGGAGGUGCUGUCGCUGAAAGAUGCCCACAGACGCACACUGGACAUCCUCAGACAGCAGUCAGAACAGGAGCUGCAGACGUUGCGCUUUGAAUUGGAGGACGAAGGCAAGGCCAUGCUGGCAUCCCUGCGCUCUGAGCUGAACCACCUCCAUGCAACAGCCAUAGAGCAUCUGCGCCAGAUCCACCUGAAGGAUAACACUGCUGCCAAACUGGAGCUACAGGGUGCUCUGGAGCAGAGUCAGCAACAGGAGGAGGACCUGCUGGGUAGUAUAUCAGACCUGCAGCAGGAGGUGUCCUGCAGAACCAACCGUAUCACAGACCUGGACCACGAGAUCCACUCCCUCAAUGAGACCAUCAGCACCCUCACCAGAGAGCUGGAGCUCAAGGGCAAAGAGGUUCUCCGAGUCCGCAGCGAGGCCAACCAGCAGAUCAGGGCUCACGAACAGGACCUGACAAAGAGACAUGAGAGAGAGCUGGGGGAGCUGAGUGCUGUUCACCAUAGAGAGACUCAGAUCAUGCUCUCAGACUUCAACAAAGCCCAGGAGCUACUGAAGGACAAGAUCUCUGCCCUCCAGAUACUAUUGGAGGGGACAGAAGAUAAGUUUCGGAACAGAGAGAGUCGUCAUGAGGACCUACGGGUCAUUGCUGAGCUCAAGGACAUGGUGACAGAGCGAGAGGCCCUUGUCAAGAAACUGGUGGUGGGUGGUCAACUCAAGGGCGACGACAAGAAGUUCUAUCAGCUGGAGCUGGUCAACAGAGAGACUGGCUUCAACAAAGUGUUCAACACCAGUCCUAAUGUUGGAGUCAUUAACCCUCUCAUCAAGCCUUCCUGAGACGGACAAGGCAACCAUGGAACCAAACAAAUCGGAGGAACAAAAGGAGCUGUUCGCCCAAUACUUUACUUUCUGACUCUCACUGAAGGAGCCCACCCAAGAGCAUGUGAAAAAGAAUAACAUUAACACACCAUGACUCUGUUCAUUCAUACACUGUGAAACUGUCUGGUUUGUUAUUUUGUUUGUUUGUUUGAAUAACAAUAACUAUGUUGUAUAUGGACUAUUAUGCAAUUUCUGCAUUGGUGCAGAUGUGUUUUCUUUUCUCAGUACCAUAUUUAUGGGGGCACUGUAUGUAUGGUUGGGGUCAAUUCCAUUUAACUUCCAGUCUGUCCAGGAGAUUAAUUGAAAUUAAAUUUCCCAAUGGAAAACGAUAGGCACUUUUCAAUUUGAUGUGUUCAGUAAAAGGACUGACUGAAAAUGUAAUUGCCCCCAAUCUUGACUGUUUUGUGUCUGUUAAAGCUGCAUUAACCAGUCAAGGUCGAACUGAACUGUUCGACACAAAUCACGUCUUGCCAGUUUUGAAAUAAAUAACACAAUAUAUCUAUAUUUAUAUUAUAACUCUGUGUAUGAAAUAAACAUAUAAAAUCAA